ACACUUUGUUUUUAUCUCUCUUUCCUCUGACUCCUCCACGCUGAGACCUCAGCCUGUUGCACACUUUGUCUGGAGGCUACUGAGAGCACAGCGUCUCUGUCUGUCGCGCCGGGAGCAUGGCUGCCAUCAAGGCUUUGGAGCAGUGGUGUAAAAUACAGUGUGACGGCUACAGAGAUGUGGCCAUCACCAACAUGACGACCUCCUUCAGAAAUGGAUUGGCUUUCUGUGCGCUUAUACACAAGUACAGACCGGACCUGAUAGACUAUGACUCACUCAGAGAAGAGGAUGUGUUUGAGAACAACAGACUGGCUUUUCAGGUCGCAGAGGAGAUGUUGGGGAUUCCAGCUUUGUUAGAUGCAGAAGACAUGGUGGCUUUAAGGAUCCCAGACAGGCUGAGCAUUCUCACCUACGUCUCCCAGUACUACAACUACUUCAAAGGACGUCCACCCAUGGGAGGUGUAAAAAGGCCAGCAGAGGGCUCCAAGGAGGAGCCAUCAGAGAAGAAAAAUCUCCCAGUGGUUGCCAAAACCUUUGUGUCUAAAACCGCCAUUGAGAAUCGUUCACCCUCUACUCUCACAGCUCAGACAUCACCCAAGUUGUCCAGAGCUGCUGUUCAGAAGACGGUUCUGGCAGAAAAUGCCAACAAAAGUGGGACUCUCAACAGCAAAUGUGUUGCAUGCAAGAGCCAUGUUCAUCUGGUUCAGCGGCACUUUGUGGAAGGCAAGCUCUUUCACAGAAGCUGUUUCAAAUGCAGCGAAUGCUCCAGUGUGCUUCACGCAGGAGGCUACAAACCUGGGAAGAAUCCAGACAGUUUUAUCUGUAACACCCACCACAACAGUUGCAAACCUUCCCCCUCUGAGACUGUGAUCAAAAAUGGAUCCGCCAGUUCAGCUGGGCGAUUAAAGAGUGCCAGCCAGACCCAGCCUGCACCACGCCCCUCUUCUGUGCUGUCAGCCCCACUGACAGCCCCACUGAAGCCAGUCAGUCCUCCUCCACCUUCCCAGUCCUGGACGACCUCAGCCCACAAGACCCAGACGGCCCGGCAGAGGUUUUUCCAGGCUGCAGCGCCAGUCACAGAGUCCUCAACAGGUAACAGGAAGCCCACCGAGCCAUUGAGUGUUUCAGGAAGGCAAAAGGUCCCACUCAGUCCUGAUGACGAGAAGAGCAGAGCCAGGACAAACAUUGGAAAGAAACUGGCCGAGGAAAACUGCAACAAUAACAACAAACGCCUGUUCACCGUCCGAUCAGCAGAGAUACGGUUUGGAGAUGAGCCAAGUUCAGCUGACAGGCCUGGUUUGAGAAAAGAUAAAUGCAGCCAAGACCCAGCAGGAAACUGGGCAGGACAGCCCUCCACCAGCCAGACAAACAAUAAGGAAUCGCCAUGUCUGAAGGCCAUCAACAAAGACAACACAAGGCCAACAACUGUACACACAACUGCCAAAGAUCCAGUCCAGGGGCAAAUGGAGCUCAAACCUGUGAAAAUUGAGCUAGGUUUAAAAGAUGUCGAAGCUGAAGCCUUUACUGAGCAACAUAAGCCUGGAUUCAUGUCUACAACUUCAUCUAAUGUCCCCCUCAGUGCAACAAGGCCUCCCUCGGCUCCAGCACCUGGGGUAACUCCAGUUAGCCUUGUUCCAUUUGAUCCUGCACACUUUAGGCAAGUGUCUCCCCAGAAACCUCAGCUUGAUUCUGGAAACCUUGGUUUUAAACAUGGGAGUCACUCGCCUGUGAAAUCCCCAACCAGACGGCCAGCUGUGGAAUCUAUUAGCUCUACAACGACUGCUCCAGCCAAUCACGGAAAUCCGUCAGGUGCUAAAAAGGGAAAGUAUUUGUCACCCACCAACGCCUCCAGGACUGAAAUGAGGUCACCCUCUGUGAAGUCUUAUCAUAUUCCAGCGGAGCAGAUUGAGAGGGACUUGAAUGAUAUUGAGACAAAUUUGGCUCAGUUGGAGAAGGAGGGUGUGGAGCUGGAAAAGAAACUCCGCUGCUGUGAGGAAGAGGGGGAGGGAGACAUAUUGAUGGACCCACUGAUGGUCGACUGGUUCAACCUGAUUCGAAAGAAGCAGAUGUACAUUAGGAAGGAGUCGGAGCUUGUGUACAUAGCCAGGACUCAGGAGCUGGAGCAGCAGCAGCCAGGUGUGGAGGGGGAACUUCGCAGGCUGAUGGAGAAGCCAGAUCAUUUAAAGUCCAGAGAGGAGCAGCAGCGGGAGAAGAAGCUGAUGCAGAGGCUGGUGGAGAUUGUGGACGGCAGAAAUGCAAUAGUGGAGGGUCUGGAUGAAGACAGGCGGAGGGAAGUGGAGGAGGAUCAGCAGUUGAAUGAAAUGAUGCAAAAUCUUGGAGUAAAGAAAGCCAAAAGUAAGAGGAAAUCCUCCAUCUCAAAACUGUUCAGGCGAAGAAGUAAAAGACGAGUGGAGUGAUCAAGGCAAUUUUUACUAAACUUGCAUUACUGUAUUUUAUGUGUUAUGACCAGAGAUUUGAAAUGUGCUUUAAGGUUUUUAUAUUUAAGUACUGCAGUACAUAGUGUGCUAAUGAGAGGGCAAAUGGAGGGAUGUUAAAUAAAUGGAGCAUAUUGGACUAAAUCAAGUGUUUGCUUUCUAGAUGUUUCCGUAAAAUGUGUUAUUUUUGUUCAACAUUCACCUUCAGUUCUUUGCUGUUAUUCAAGUGAAGUGAGAAUUUCUAAAUAUCUUACGAUUCAGUCUUUGCUUUUUUUCACAAGGCGUGUUUUUCAUUGUUUUUCACAGUUUUUUCAAAAAAGAAAAUGGUGUUUAAUUACGUGGCAGUCGCAGCUGCAAGCGGUUCCCUUAUAUUGAUUAGAGCUCAGGGGAGUGUCACAAGAAAAAAUUCCUUCAGUCAUUGGUAUGUUUGUUAUGUUAACAUUGUGUAUAUUUAUUGAAUGAUUGGUAUGAGUUUUUUAAUCAAUAAUUUCAGCACAUCAGCUUGCACUGGGUCAAAAAAAUUGGACGUUGGGUGUUGAAAAAACAAGCUAUCAUGGUUUUCUUAUUACAGAGGGAACACUGGCUGUUCCACAUGCAAAUAGGAAUGAGCAGAAUAAAUGUGUAAUCCUUCAACAGUCCUGAUCCCAAAUGAAAUUAUUUCAGUAUUUAUUUAAUAAUGGAUUUUAACAAAUUUCCUGUAAGGAUAUUAGCAGGAGAAAAAAGCCUUGACAAUUAAGUUUGAAUGGCUGUGGAGUGUAAAAUGGAGAGCCACACAUGUUGCAGAGUGCAGUUCCUCUCUCACACUGUACUGUAGGUGGCAGCCUGGGUAUGCUGUAUCACAAGGCAAGAACUUGGAAAUCCAAUUUGCCACAGUACGGACAGUUAAUUUCUUUGCUAAUUUUAUAAAUGCUGCAAAAAUGUUCAGCUGUGCUGAUGCAAUAAUGUUAUGUGAAAGAGGAUUAGGUAGAGCAGUAGCUUAUGGCCGGGGAAGGCUUAUAAACUAUAGGUUGUAUUGAGCUCUUUAUCUUCAAACCGGGUUUAAUUAAACAUUACUCUUUACUAAUAUCUGCAUCAGAAAUGCUCCGUACCUGAGCUAUUAAAAUGUUCAAACGUAGUGUGGAGUCACUCAUGUGUAAAAAUGGCAUUCACAGUGUUUGUAAGGACUGAACUGUAAUGUUGCUUUUACAGUGUUAUUGGAUGGUUAUGUACUUGUACUCUAUUUAUAGCAUUUUUAAACUUGAAAUCUGUAGUCCAAUAAAUCCU